AAUGGCCACCCUUAUUCUUGAUAACGGUGCUUACGAAAUCAAAGUUGGUUACACGACUGAUGAGAAUCCGUUAAUUAUACCAAAUUGCAUUUAUAAAGCCAAGCACGUUAGAACAAGGUCAUUCAUUGGUGAUUUGAUUAAGGAAUGCAAAGAUCUCACAAGCCUGUAUUAUAUGCUCCCAUUCCAAAGGGGUUUUCUUACAAAUUGGGAUUUAGAGAAACAGAUAUGGUCUUAUAUGUUUUCCAAACCUGAUAUAAAAAAAGUUGAUUACGAAGAUUGUAACGUAAUAAUAACUGAACCAUAUAUGAAUUUAGUACCAAUACAGGAUGCUAUGGACGAAAUUCUAUUUGAAGAAUUUCAAUUUAAUCGCAUUUCGAGAGUGCAUCCAUCGGAUUUAUCUUUUGCUAAAUACCAAGCCGAAAAAGUUGACACGUCUCACUUAAAACUUAUUCCUGAAAAAGAUUGCAUAAUAAUUGAUUCCGGAUACAGCUUUACUCACAUAAUACCAUACGUCAAAGGAACUCGUAUUGAUCAAGCUGUUUGCAGAAUAAACGUUGGAGGCAAAAUUUUAACAAACCAUUUAAAAGAAACAAUUUCAUAUAGGCAAAUGAUGAUGAUGUCAGAAACUUAUGUUGUCAAUCAGAUGAAAGAAGAUCUAUGUUAUGUAAGUUUGGAUUUUAACGACGAUUUAAAGCACAGCAGAUCGAAUUACCCAGAAAAUAAAAUCGUCAGAGAAUAUGUUCUACCAGAUUUUUCAACACGGCAAAGAGGUGUCGUAAGAUAUCCAUUAAGCAAGAAACAAUUAAAAGAACAAAGUGAUCAUGAACAAGCUGUGAAAAUGAACAACGAGAGAUUUUCGAUUCCAGAAUUACUCUUUAAUCCAACAGAUGUCGGAUUUACCGAAAUGGGAAUUGGAGAAGCUUUAGUAGAUGUUUGUAAUAGGUUUCCGUCAGAAAUUGCAUGUAAUUUAUACGCGAAUAUUCUUUUAACGGGUGCUACUUGUAAAUUUCCUGGUUUUGCUAAAAGACUAUUACGAGAAAUUGAACCUGAUAAACCUGAAACUGUUCCGUUUUGCGGUGUUUUCGAUGUUACAGAGUAA